GUCCGAAAUUACCACAACGAUUACCUUAUAAAAUGAACAGUACAAUAUGUAUAUUGUUGCGUUAUCCUAAGUUUCGGUGAUAUCAAGUGUCUAAUGCAGAUUGUAUGUUGUAUGGCUGAUGUACUGUGUACGGGGCUGAAGUAAGCAGUGAAGGAUUUGUUUGCUUAGAAUAUAAAUCAUUUAUGUAAGAUAUAAACCAAUAAAAUGUAAAAUCGGUAUGCAUUAUUAUAAUAGAAAGUCUAAACAUAUCUAAGUGUAAAAAAAUCAUGUUUUAUAACUUUAGAUAUCUAUAACAGGUUGUUGCACUUUCUUGUGUUUUCAUGACACAUGUACAGGAGUCAUCAUCUGUGAGAGAGUUACAUAUAGUAUUGAAUGCCCUGUGGGAAAAGUUAUCAACAUCCAGGAAGCAUUUUAUGGCAGAGAAGAUCAAAGCACCUGUUCGGGUAUGAACCAGACAUUGACAGACACCAAUUGCUCCUCCUCGGUAGCUCUGGAGAGAUACAGAAACCUCUGUAAUUAUAAACACAUCUGUUUGGUGACAGCCAGUAACAGUGUGACCGGAGAUCCGUGUCCUGGUACCUACAAAUAUGCACGGAUCAGAUACACCUGUAUUGCUUCUGUUAGUUGUGAUGGCAAUCCUUGUAAUGGUGGACACUGUGACUACUCCAGCGGCUCAAUUGUGUGCACCAACUGUCCGGAGGGGAAAAUAGGGCCACGCUGUGAGAUAGACGGAGUCAUCAUCUGUGAGAGAGUUACAUAUAGUAUUGAAUGCCCUGUGGGAAAAGUUAUCAACAUCCAGAAAGCAUUUUAUGGCAGAGAAGAUCAAAGAACAUGUUCGGGUAUGAACCAGCCAUUGACAGACACCAAUUGCUCCUCCUCGGUAGCUCUGGAGAGAUAUGGAAACCUCUGUAAUUAUAAACACAUCUGUACGGUGACAGCCAAUAACAGUGUGACAGGCGAUCCAUGUCCUGGUACCUACAAAUAUGCACGGAUCAGAUACACCUGUAUUGCUUCUGUUAGUUGUGAUGGCAAUCCUUGUAAUGGUGGACACUGUGACUACUCCAGCGGCUCAAUUGUGUGCACCAACUGUCCGGAGGGGAAAAUAGGGCCACGCUGUGAGAUAGACGGAGUCAUCAUCUGUGAGAGAGUUACAUAUAGUAUUGAAUGCCCUGUGGGAAAAGUUAUCAACAUCCAGGAAGCAUUUUAUGGCAGAGAAGAUCAAAGAACAUGUUCGGGUGGAACCAGCCAUUGACAGACACCAAUUGCUCCUCCUCGGUAGCUCUGGAGAGAUAUGGAAACCUCUGUAAUUAUAAACACAUCUGUUUGGUGACAGCCAAUAACAGUGUGACAGGCGAUCCAUGUCCUGGUACCUACAAAUAUGCACGGAUCAGAUACACCUGUAUUGCUUCUGUUAGUUGUGAUGGCGAUCCUUGUAAUGGUGGACACUGUGAUUACUCCAGCGGCUCAAUUGUGUGCACCAACUGUCCGGAGGGGAAAAUAUGGCCACGCUGUGAUAUAGACG